AUGAAGAAGCGGCAAAAGGAGGCAGAUGAUGCUUAUGAAGCGCAGUGGGACAACGGCAGGGGGUCUCAUCACCCUGAUUAUGAUCCCUACGCCCGUGGUGACGAUGUAGUGAAGGCCAGCCGGGAGACCGAGGAGCUUUACAACGCCAUCGUGCUUAAUGACAUCAAAAAGGUCUACAAAAAGAUCGAGGAGGGAGCAGACGUCAAUUUCGUCUUUGGAAAAGCGUACCGUUGCCUGGAAGGCUACACUCCCCUGAUGGUUGCUGCGCAUCGGAACCGCUACGAGUGCUGCAGAGCACUGCUCAGGGCAGGAGCAGACCCUAACUUCAUGAACAAAGGCGCGGACCUUGCAAUGUUCUGGGCCAUUGAUGGGGGUGUUGAGAUCAUCAAACUCAUGCACGAGUACGGGGCUGACAUGGACACACGCACACCCAAAGACUGGACUCCCCUCAGCUACUGCAAGGCUAAAGGGAAGUAUGGGGCCACUGAAGAGAAGGGUAUCUACCCUGAGGACGUGCUGCUGUACUAUGGGGCCACAGAGUAUGGGAAGGGUCCCAUUGCUCUGGGAUCCCGCAGCCCCAGGCAGAGCUUCAACCCAGAAGCUGACAACUUCCUGCGCGAGCGUGGCUCCUACCAGACACCCAUGGAGCACCCCUAG